AUGGCGAUGCAUACGGUGGCGGAGAACAUAGGUGACGUGACGGAACAGCACCUCGCGCGUGAGGACCUGCCCAAGAGGUACUUGUGGAGAAUAUGGCGACUGCUAGAGAACAGGGGUGUGUGCUUUCAGGCAUGGAAGGUGUUUUCAAAACUUCUGCUCGCCGAGGACGACGAGAAGACAUUGGGCCUUUACCGAUACCGCCAGCACAUUUGUCAGCCCAGCGAGAACCUCCGUCACUACCUUAGGCCGCUCGAAUCCGUAGCCGUCGACUUUGUGACGCAUCUCAGCAUCACGGGAUUCUGCUCGUUUGCAGAGAACGAACUGCUGGCCCUUGGCCGCCUCAAGAAUCUUGCCAUUCUCGAGAUUAUCCAGCCGGCGGACGAGCUGCGAACCAUCUUCCCCAAGGUCGACGACCGCCUCGUCAGGGGCUGGUUGGAGAUGGAAAACCCCUUUCCCCUGCUGCGUAUCCUUAGACUCUGGGGCGAUGAGUCGGUGACCAAGAAAUCCCUCCAAUACGUUUCCAGGUUCCCGUCGCUCGCGCUGUAUGACGUCAACGCGUCACGGAGUGACUGGAGGGGCGCCGCGGACAUGGCGCUGCGCGAGGGCUGGGAAAUGGAGGAGCCUUUGCAUGGCCCCCACGACACCCUGCUUUGGUACUUGAUGCUUUUCGACUUCGUCGAGGAGAGCAAGCCGAGACAGGUGCAGGGCCUGGCCCGGAACAUCGACGAUGGGCUCAUGAACUUUUGCCAGAGCAGCAACCAGCCCAUCAAGUUCAUCCCUAACCGGGACGCGCCGUCAUUUCUCGACCACCUUGGCGACGCGGCCAAGAGGAACCUCUCCAUGUACGUUGACGUGCCUGGCUACGAAGCCCAGACGUGUAAGGGCUUCCCUUUCGAGACCUGGGCGUUCUGGCUGUACUCCUUUAUCGGCCAGUUCACGAAUGACGAGGAUCUGACCAGAGUGGGCUUCGAGACGGUGCGGAAAACCGUCUCGGAACAGCUGGUGCUCCCGUCCAAGCCGCUAGCAUGUCUCCAAUUGGGCCACUGCGGCUCCUCGAGGCCAGGCAUCACACCUGCCGUGUCUUAUGUUCGCCGCGGUCUGUUUGCGACCUCAAGAUAUACCUUCUUCAGGACUUCUUCACCGAGUAACAAGCAGAUGUCUGCGCGGAAGACGGCGGAGCUAAUGAAGCCUACUGUUCAGCUUGGGAAUGUAGAGACUGGCCUGAAUCCGAAUCGGAAGAAGCGACGGCGUCUUGAUGAUAUCCUGCAAUCAUUUAUGGGCUCUUGA